GACGGAAGUGACGAAUGUAGCCCAAAAACGUGACGAAAAUACAACAAGGAAGUGGAUAUUUAUUAAAAAGGAAAAUUAGUUAGAUAGGAAAACGUUUUGAAUUAUCAAGUACAUUUUUGUCGAAUUUUGAUGUUUCGAGAGAUAUAGUUAUUUUGGACUAUAGUUCGUCGUAUCGUGGAUCCAUAUUCACUCAAACAAUGAACACAGACGUUGAAUUCCACAUUAGGCAGAAUUAUCCGUGGAACAAGCUUCCAGCAAAUGUCAAACAGAGUGUUGGGAACUCGCAGCGUGAAUAUGAGAAACAUGUGCAGUUGUACAGUAUCCGCAACCAGCUAAGGUUCCGCAAUAACCUAGUGAGACACGUGAGGAAGGAUGAGAGGAAGUACUAUGAGGAGCUGCUGAAGUACAGCCGAGAUCACCUGAUGCUCUACCCCUACCACCUGUCAGACAUCAUGGUCAAAGGCCUCCGGAUCACCCCCUUCUCCUACUAUAUCAGCAUCAUGGAGGACAUCAUGAACGUAGAGAAGAGUUACGACUCGCUGCCCAACUUCACUGCUGCUGACUGUCUAAGACUGCUGGGCAUCGGGAGGAACCAGUAUAUUGACUUGAUGAACCAGUGCAGGUCUUCCAAGAAAUUCUUCCGUAGGAAAACGGCGCGAGACCUGCUCCCCUCCAAGCCAGUAGAGAUCUCUGUAGAGCCGUGGUGGGUGGCUCAGACCGGAUACAUCACAGAGGAUGACAUCAGGAUCUGCUCGGUGGCAGAGAGGAAGGCGAUUGAUAAGAUGAUAGAUUCAGGACCCCAACUGGCCGGUUCAAUGGAGUACAAUGUGGUGCUGAGUCUGUACAACAGGGGAUACAUCUAUCUAGACGUGCCCAUUUCUGAUGACAGCUGCAUGUCAGUGCCCCCCCUGGAAGGCUUCGUGAUGAACAGGGUCCAGGGAGACUACUUUGAAACCCUAUUGUACAAAAUAUUUGUUUCCAUCGACGAGCAGACUAAUGUGUCAGAGCUGGCUAAUGUUCUGGAGAUUGACUUGGGUCUGGUGAAGAAUGCUGUGUCUAUGUACUGUCGCCUGGGUUUUGCCCUGAAGAAAGGAAGCUCUUUCAGCUCAGAGCAGCUCCACCCCACAUGGAAGACUGCCCCCUCUGUCAACAGACUGAAGAGCACAGUGGAUCCCAAACAGAUGCUGCUGUCGUGGGAACAGGGGAGUCCUGUGAUGGAGGCUGGAUCUUCGGCUACAGACACAGACACCACCAGCCUGGAGGACCAAGACAACACCAGUGUGAGCAGCCUGAGUAACCCUGGUCCUGCUGCCCCACCCACCAAGAGGAUCGCCUUCCUGUUUGACUCCACCCUCACCGCCUUCCUCAUGAUGGGGAACCUCUCUCCAAACCUGAAGAGCCAUGCGGUCACCAUGUUUGAGGUGGGGAAGCUGUCAGACGAGACCCUGGACAGCUUUCUGAUGGAGCUGGAUAAAGUAGAGAGCACGGCGGAGGGCGAGGCCCAGAGGUAUUUUGACCACGCUCUGACCCUCAGGAACACCAUCCUGUUUCUCCGCUACAACAAGGAACUAACCACCGACCAGGGCCCUGACCUGCCUAACAACGGCCUCCCUCUGGAUAUGCUCCGCUGUGAGAGUCUGCUGGGUCUAGACCAGGCCACCUGCAGCCGUGUCCUCAACAAGAACUACAAACUACUGGUCUCCAUGGCACCGCUCAGCAACGAGAUCCGACCUAUCAGCAGCUGCACGCCUCCUCAGCACAUUGGGCCAGCCAUCCCCGAGGUGAGCUCCAUCUGGUUCAAGCUCUAUCUGUACCAUGUGACGGGCCAGGGUCCUCCCUCCCUGCUGCUGUCCAAGGGCUCCAGGCUCCGGAAACUACCAGAUAUCUUCCAGGUCUAUGACAGGUUGCUGAUCACUUCCUGGGGUCACGACCCUGGUGUGGUACCUUCGUCUAACGUGCUGACCAUGCUCAAUGACGCCCUCACACACUCCGCUGUACUCAUACAGGGCCAUGGGCUGCAGGGUCAUGGAGAGACAGUUCACGUCCCCUUCCCGUUUGACCGGGAGGAUCUCAAAGGAGAGUUCUCCUCCUCCAACAUGUGUGUCCACAAGGCCCUGCUGCUGCUGAGGGAGAAGGUGGAUCUGGAGCACCAGUGUGGUUACAUCACCAUGCUCAACCCCAACAACAGGCACCGCAGGAGGGCCAGCGAGAGCUCCGACGGCAGGGGAGACAGUCAUCUGGGAGGUGGGUUGGAGGCCAACAGCAGCACGGAGUCCUUUGAGCUGGUCACAGAGGACAACAAUGGAGGAAAGCAAGCGGCAGAAGUGCCGUUGACAGAAGAUGACUGGGUCCCUCUAGAGCUGUGCUUUGGGAUGCCUCUCUUCAGCUCCGAGCUCAACCGCAAAAUAUGCGGAAAGAUCGCCUCGCACGGCCUCUGUAGCAAAGACAGCCUUCAAGACUUACUUCAUUCCAGCCGAACACUAUCAUUGAAGGUCCUGAGUUUUGUUCAGUCGUUCCAGGAUGGCAGCCAGGGUCAGCCCGACCCUGACAGUGGAGUGUCCGGUCCUCUCAGCCAGCCCCCGGCCGAGUCUGGUGUUCCACUGCCCGCUCUCAACCUCAUCUUCAAGGAUGGACAGCUGAGGGAGUGGAGUGGACGAGCACCUCCACCCCUCCACAUCUCAGCCCUGCAGAAAGACCAGACCUUAUAG